AUGACCACCAGCCGCCAUUACCACCACCUACCACCCAUCACCACCACCCGCCUCUACCAAACAUCACCACCACCCCCACCCACCCACCCACCCACCACCUGCCUCCACCAUAUAUCACCACCACCCACUACGACCACCACCACCUACCACCAUCACUACCGACCACCAAUCACCACCCACCUCCAUCGCCCAUCACCACCACUAGACUCAUCACCCACCAAAGCUACCAUACACCACCACCACCACCUACUACCCACCACUAACCUACACCACUCACCACCUAUCACUACUACCCGCCACCAUCACCCCACCCAUCAUACACCGAAACAACCACCACCCACCAUCCAUCACCACCACACACCUCCACCACUCAUCACUAUAACUCUCCUCCACCACCACCCAUCAAUCAUUGAUAUCACCACCCAUCACCCAUUGAAACCACUACCACCACUACAUGCAACCACCACCCACCAACCACCACUACCACCCACUAUACCUCCACCCACCACCACUACCCACCAUCAUUACACGCCACCAUCACCCCCACCACCAUCUUAG